AUGCACUUUACUCUCAACCUCCUUACUCUCUUCACUCUCCUUGCUCUCCAUCUUUUUUCUCUCUGCUAUUUUUCUCAUUUCCUUUCAUGUAUAUCUUUCUUUGUGUCUUGCAUUCUCUUCUUUUUAUGCAUAUACUUUCUUUUCAUCACUUUAACUGUUAGUCUCCUCUUCUUUCUCAUUAUCAGCAAUAUUAUCCUUUUUUCUCUCUUUUUUUUAUUCACUCUUCCAUUCCUUUUUCCUACUAUCUAUUUUUUUUCUCCUAAGCUGUCAAUUCUAUCUUCCCUUUUUCCAUUAUCUCAUUCCUCUUCUCUUUCUUCUUCCUUCUCAGUUGUCACUUCUAUUGUUGUUGUUCUUUUCAUCAUCCCAUUACUCUUUUAUUCUAUCUUCAUCUCUAUCUUGGCUGUAAUUUCUUUCUUUUUCUUUUUCUCUUUUUCUCAUCUCAUUCCUAUUCUCUUUUUCUAUCUCUCUUCCUCUUUGGUUUUUCUUUUUCUCCUCAUCUACCAUCACUUUUUGCUUUCUCCUCAGCUAUCAUUUUCUUUUUCUUUCAUCUGCCACUUCUUCUCUUUUACUACCUCCUCCUCAGUUGUCACUUUCUUUUUCAUCUUUUCUCUUUUUCUACCUCCUCCUCUUUCUCUUCAGUUGUCAUUUUCUUUUCUCAUCUGCCACCUCUUCUCUUUUUCUGUCACUUUCUUUUUAUUUUCCUUUCAUCUACCACCUUUUUUUCUUUUCCUCCCCCUCCUCUUUCUCAUUUGUUACUUUAUUUUUAUUUUUCCUUCAUCUAUCACCUCUUUUCUUUUUCUAUCUCCUCUCCAGUUGUCACUUUUCCCCCUCAUCUAUGACUUCUUCUCUUUUUCUACUUCCUCCUCCUCCUCUGUUUUCAUUUUCUUUUAUCUCAUCUGCCACCUUUUCUCUUUUUCUACCUCCUUCUGCUCCUCUAUUGUCAUUUUCUUUUCCCCCUCAUCUGCCACCUCUUCAUGGUAUCAAAUAUAA